CCUUGCCAUAGCUUUCCGCAGCUCUAUGGCUUCAUUGCCUCACAAAGGAAUGGCCGACCUUCCACCCUUGUUGGAAUUUUCUGAUGGCACGCCAGUAAAGACAAAGACAGACUGGGAGAAUAGAAGAAACGAGAUCAGAGAUCUCCUAACACAAUACUACUAUGGGUCUGUUCCGGAUGAAACUCCUCGUAUUGCUCGAGUCAAAACCAUCAACAACAAUACAGAACGAGGAGUCGUUCGCAAUGAAAUUAUGAUUACAUUUGAUACUAUCAAUAUGGCAAACUUUAUUCUUGAGUUUCUCUAUCCUGUGACAUGCACCUCUCAUGCAAGAUGCCCUCUUUUCAUGACGCAAACUAAUCACAGACGUUGGGGACUUGUGGGGAUAUCAAGAGGUUAUGCAGUUGCUGUAUACCCUGCAGCAGACUCUAACGAUGAAACUGAUCCCUUCCGGGUUGCUUAUCCAAACGCAACUUGGGGCUUGAUCAGACGUCGAGCCUGGUUGGCAAGUCGUGCAGUUGACUAUCUUGUCACAUUAGAUGUGAUUGAUCAAGAGAAAAUAGCAAUUACUGGUCACAGUCGUAAUGGGAAACAAUCAAUGAUUGCAGCUGCUUUUGAUGAUCGAUUCACGGCCGUCAUUUCAUCAUCAUCUGGUGUCCCUGCCAUGUCUCCAUAUCGUUUCACUUCAUCGUUCACUUUCUCGGAGUCUCCGUCAUCUAAGUGGCCCAAUGCCCCUGAUAGUCUCAAUUGUUCAUGUUCAAGAAGUCCAGAUCAUCGUCCUACGAUUCCACAAUGUUGCUGGUGGUUGCCCUCUCUUACUCAAUUUGAAGGAAAGGAAAAUGAAAUUCCAAUCGAUUCACAUGGUCUUCUUGGUCUGAUAGCGCCUCGAUUCAUGUUGAGUGAAUGUGCUUGGACUGACCCUUGCGAUCCUUCAUUUGCUGUUGAAAGAUCAUACUGUGCUGGCAAAGAAGUUUACAAGUUUAUGAACGUUAGUGAAAGAUUACGAAUACAUUACAGACCAGGGCAACAUCAUGGAUUUGAAGACUUAGAAAACUACUUUGACUGGUUUGAUUACGCUUUUGGGCGUGGGCAAACAUCAUCAAGUGAUUUUCUGGAAGAACGUCUACAUAAUUUUGAUUGGAAUUCAUGGAAUAGCAGUUCUUCAACAUUGCAUCCAGAUAUACCUCUACAAAAUGCAAGCCUUUUGUACAAACUGCAAUGGAUGUUGGGAGAGAGUCCAGGCGGACCAGUUACAAGCCCUGGAGGUUCCUAUGCAGUUGAAUAUCAUGGAUACAUCGAUGACAUGCUUGGCAAGGGAUCUCAGCUGUAUGAAGUGAUUGAUGGUGUUGUCAAAAUGACAGUAAACUUUGGAUGUUACAUAUACGGUAAUGUCUAUUAUCCAGACAACUACAAGUCAUCAACCAUACCGGCUGUCGUUUGGUUGCACCCAUUCUCUUACCAAGGAGGAUAUAUUGAGAACUAUCCACACGAUUCUCAACGAAUGUACCAUCGACUGGCCAAAGAAGGAUUUCUCGUGCUAGCAUAUGACCAAAUCGGGUUUGGAGAGCGUCUCCUUGAUGGCACACCAUCUCAAUUCUACAAAAGAUACCCAAACUGGUCAUUGCUUGGCAGCAUGGUGCAUGAUGUUCAAUCGGCUAUCGAUUUUCUUACUGCUGAUCAAAAUGGUAGCCAUCCUGAUGGUCUUCCUCUCUUCAGUUUCUAUCACAAACAUUAUCCUCCUGUUCAAAAGAAUCAUAUAUAUCUUGUUGGUUAUUCCAUGGGUGGAUUAGUUGCAUUGCAUGCGGCUUCUUUUGAUACUCGCAUUGCUGGAGUGGCAUGUCUUGCUUGUUUAACUCCACUGAGAAACAAUUCCUUGUCAAGAACCACAGGAGGCAACCGCAGGCUGUAUGAAUGGCAUGCCUUGCUGCCAAGACUUGGGUGGUUUGAGGGAAACGAAAACAAAAUCCCUUAUGAUUUUGGUGAUAUCCUACUGUAUCUGAAAAACAAUACAAGUACUCUGAUCGACAGUCCACUGUACGACAGAACGGUAAAUCACUGGGCAGUGCAAGAUGUCAUUGAUUACGUCCACAACCAAGCCUCAGACAUCGACAUGAAAUUCGUUUCUACACAAGACAUUAACCAACUGAAUGACAGAAUGCAAGAAAGCACAGUUCAGUGGCUGCAUAGCAGACUGUAAUCCUGUCACAUCAUGUCGUCUAUAAUGUAUGAAUAAUUUGCCAUUUUGUUCAAUAGCUUGGCAUACAAGUUAUGCCCUUGUUUAUUUUAUUCAUUUAAGAUCUGCAAACACCUGUAUAUGUUGUUAUCAAUAAUA